AUGGAGCAAGUGGAAGUCGCAGUAUUCGCCGCCAUCUUCCUCAUCUCCUCCGCUCUGACCCGCAUUUUCCUGAGGAAAAAGGAGCGGUUCCCUCCGGGCCCCUUCCCCCUGCCUGUGAUCGGCCACCUCCACCUCCACCAGACCUUCCACGACCUGUCGAAGCAUUAUGGGCCGCUGAUGCAGCUCCGCCUGGGCUCCACCACCUUCGUGGUGGUGUCGUCGCCGGAGCUGGUGAAGGAAUGCCUGAAGACGCAGGACCUGGUGUUCUCGUCCCGCAAGCAAUCUACCGCCAUCGACAUCAUCACCUACUACUCCUCCUUCGCCUUCGGCCCCAUAACCUCCUACUGGAAAUUCGUCAAGAAGCUCUGCACCUACGAGCUCCUCGGCGCCCGCAACCUCCUCCACUUCCAGCCCCUCCGCGCCCUCGAGGUCAACUCCUUCCUGCAAAUCCUUAUGCGCAAGGGAAAAUCAGGGGAGAGCUUCAACUUGACGGAGGAGCUUGUGAAGCUGAUGAGCAAUGUGAUAUCGCACAUGAUGUUGAGCAUACGGUGCUCGGGGACGGAGGGGGAGGGGGAGGCGGAGGCGGAGGCGGAGGUGGCGAGGACGGUGAUUCGCGAGGUGACGCAGAUAUUCGGCGAAUUUGAUGUGGCGGACAUCAUCUGGCUGUGCAAGAACUUCGAUCUCCAAGGGAUAAAGAAGAGGUCGUUGGAUAUCCAGAGGAGAUACGACGCCUUGCUCGAGAAUAUCAUCACCGCCAGUGAGAAGCAGCGACGCAGCGGCGCCGCCUCUGGGGAGGCCAGGGAUUUUCUGGAUAUAAUGGAGAGUGGGAAUGCGGAAGUCACAUUUACACGGGAACAUCUCAAAGAUUUAAUUCUGGAUUUCUUCACCGCCGGCACCGACACGACGGCGAUAGUCUCGGAGUGGGCGAUAGCGGAGCUGAUUAACAACCCUAGAGUGCUGAAGAAAGCUCAAGAAGAGAUUGUGAAAGUCAUUGGCUUCGAGAGAGUUCUACAAGAAUCCGACGGCCCAAACCUGCCGUACCUGCAGGCCGUGAUUAAGGAAACGUUUCGGCUACGUCCGCCAAUCCCAAUGCUGGCGAGGAAAUCGAUCUCCGAUUGCAUCAUCGACCGCUACACAGUUCCAGCCAACUCUCUGCUGUUCGUCAACCUCUGGUCGAUGGGCAGGAACCCUAAGAUCUGGGACAGUCCGGCGGAGUUCCUGCCGGAGCAGUUUCUGGAGAAGGCGAACUCCGCCAUCGACAUCAAAGGGCAGCAUUUCGAGCUGCUGCCGUUCGGGAGGGGCUGGCGGGGCUGCCCGGGGAUGUUGCUUGGAAUUCAGGAGGUGGUCAUCAUAAUCGGAUCCAUGAUCCAGUGCUUCGAGUGGAAGCUGCCCGACGGCUCCACCACUGUCGACAUGACGGAGCGCCCGGGGCUCACAGCGCCGCGGGCGGAAGAUUUGAUCUGCCGGAUCGAUCCAUCGGUUGUUUCGGUAAGUGUCUAAGUAAUUGAGUGCUGCGAGUUGUUCAUCUU